UUUUUAAUUACAAUUUCCAACAUGUCUGCGCCUAUGAUAACGCUGUGAUCUUGAUGUCGACAAAACAUGUGAAGUUGUGAAAGUGAAUAUCUGGUGGGAAAUACUACGGAUUUGUGUGUAUGCCGAAUUUAAAGUAGAAGACAACCCAAAACAACAUGGGGAACGACAAUCCGGCAAAUAAACAAACAACAUCCAAAGAAACUGCUCCUGAACCUGGUUCUGGGAUUCGUUCGACAAAAACUACCUCGGUGUUCAGAGUUGUGAACUUCGAAUUAUAUGCAAGACCUAACACCUUCACCAUGGCUCUGGGUGCUACACUGUUCCUUAGCGCUGUUGGAUACAUCAUAUACAUGAGAAAUCGAGACACAAAAGACAAUAAUAAGCUGUACAAUGCUAUGGACGAAGACGGCAGUUUGGUUCGACGAGAACGAGUAUCAAAGUGGGAUUAAUGGUACUGUUAAAAGUGAUUGUGUUUGAACUGUUCUUGUAGAUCUGUUAAAUCUGAUAGUCAGUUAUGCUGUACAUAAAUUGAAUGUGAAUUGAGAAUGUGAAUAUAUAUGGAGCAGAAUUUUCCAGUUACGAGGUAGAAUGUACAUAGAGAAUGUAGGCCUUACCGUAAUAAUAUCAGUAAAGGUUAACAGCAAGUAGGCUACAUCUUUCCUGGUUCCUUGUAGUUAUGAACAGUUAAAGGUUGAAGCUAAUCAACAGAGAGCACAUACUAACAUUUCUUAUAAAAGGAUGAUACAUUUGUUGUGAAAAUAUUUUCUAGUAAGAUUAAAAAAAAAAAAGAAGAAUAUAAA